AUGAUGAUACCUUUGACGGUGGUCUUGGUGGUGUUAUCUUUCUUCUCCGAUGUAGCCCAUGGCUUGACUGCAGACACCGUCAUAGACUCCCCACUCUUGACGGAGAAGAUCGGUACCAACCGUACCAUAAAGGUCGACAUCAACGGCAAAGAUGAGUUCACAUCCGUUCAAGCCGCCAUCGAUUCUGUUCCCGUCGGCAACUCUCAAUGGAUCAUCAUUCAUAUCAGGAAAGGAGUCUACAGAGAAAAGGUUCACAUCCCGGAGAAUAAACCAUUUAUAUUCUUGAGAGGAAAUGGGAAGGGAAGAACCCAUAUCGUUUGGAGCCAAAGCUCUACCGAUAACUGUGAGUCUGCCACCCUAAAAGUCAAAGCUCCCCACUUCAUUGCCUUUGGAAUCAGCUUCAAGAAUGACGCACCGGUGGGGAUGGCAUUCACAUCACAAAACCAAUCGGUGGCAGCGUUCGUGGGAGCAGACAAGGCAGCAUUCUAUCACUGUGCAUUCUAUAGUGCACAUAAUACCCUCUUCGAUAACAAAGGUCGACAUUACUACCACAAUUGCUACAUCCAAGGUUCCAUCGACUUCAUAUUUGGUCGUGCCACUUCCAUCUUCAAAAGCUGUGAGAUUUUCGUGGUGGCCGACACCCGAGUGAAAAUCCACGGUUCAAUCACAGCACAAAACAGGCAAUCUGCAGGUGAGGAUAGCGGCUUCGUCUUCAUCGGCGGCAAGGUUUACGGCAUCGGCGGGGUUUACUUGGGAAGAGCCAAGGGUGCUUAUUCUAGGGUUAUCUUCGCCAAGACCUAUCUCUCCAUGACCAUUGUCCCUGAGGGCUGGAGCAACUGGAGCUACCCUGGUGGCACAGAGAAUCUGUUACAGGCAGAGUACAAAUGCCAUGGUCCAGGUUCGAAUACAACACAACGUGUUUCUUGGGCCAAACAACUCACUGAAGAACAAGCUUCUCCAUACAUGGCCAUCGAUUUCAUCGACGGCAAGGAAUGGUUGCCCAUUUACUACUAGAG